CAGUCUGGCCACACUUAAAAUUCACCCGAAACCGACGCGUGUGUCGAGGCUAGGAAAAUAGGAAAUUAUAAAUAGAAAUAGACAACGCCGAUGCCUGAAAACCCCCGCUACUGGUAGCUGACCCUACGGAAAAGGGAAAAUCAAACCACCGAGGUGAAGAUCGGCGUGCCAAUUUGUUGCAAAAAAUUGAGGCGAGAACGCCAUUUACAAGCCGCGUUUAGCAGCGAGUGCGCGAGUAGAACGGAGAGUGAGAAGACUUAUGGAAAGGAGGGAGUGGGGUGCGUGUGUGUGAGUGCGAGAGCAAGAGAGCGCCGCCGCCAAGCUGCCCACCACAUACACGCCGUGUGUCAGACACUUCGCGGUCGGUCGGCUGAAACAGGCAAUUUUAUACGGGCGAAAAGUCGAAAAAGAAAUUACAACCGUACGUUUUUUUCAAAAAAUAAGCAUAAAUACAAAUGUGGACGCGAAGAGAAAUUGCUAAAAUCGAACGAUAGAACGUGCUUAUCCAGGACAUAGAACUGGAUAUGCAAAAUGCGAUCGAAAUCCCCAGAAUCCCACUAGCUGCCGGUAUAAUACCGAGCGAACGUAAAUAAACAAGUGCAUGGAAGUUGUGGAAAUAGUCGUGUAAAGUCGUGUGCGGCGGAAAAGUGCCGUCGAAAAUAAAACAAGAGCCAUAAAACGCUUGCAAAAGAAAUUUUCUACGCUUUGCGGCAAUCUAUUGGAGUACCACCACAACUGGAUGACCGGAGGAAGGUUUAUAAGCCAGGAGAAAGAGAGAUAAGCCAGAAGAGGAAGAAGCCCUGGGGAAGAAGAGGAGUUCCGGAGCAAUCGGAGCAAUCUGGUGCAUUGGCUCCGCCAUCCACCUCGGCUUAACCUGCCCAUAAAAAAAAAACAACAAAAAAAUAUAGCAUAACGUAGAUUAAUAACAACAUGUAUCCCUCACCGGUGCGUCACCCCGCCGCAGGGGGACCACCACCUCAGGGCCCGAUUAAGUUCACUAUCGCCGAUACCUUAGAGCGCAUCAAGGAGGAGUUUAACUUCCUGCAAGCACAGUACCACAGCAUCAAAUUGGAGUGCGAGAAGCUGUCGAACGAGAAGACGGAGAUGCAACGCCAUUAUGUUAUGUACUACGAGAUGUCCUAUGGCCUUAACGUGGAGAUGCACAAGCAGACGGAGAUUGCCAAACGGCUGAACACACUGAUCAACCAGCUACUUCCAUUCCUUCAGGCCGACCACCAGCAGCAGGUGCUCCAGGCGGUGGAGCGUGCGAAGCAGGUUACCAUGCAGGAACUCAACCUCAUCAUUGGGCAACAGAUUCACGCACAGCAGGUGCCGGGCGGACCGCCACAGCCGAUGGGUGCACUGAAUCCGUUUGGCGCCUUGGGUGCCACAAUGGGUCUACCGCACGGGCCACAGGGUCUGCUCAACAAGCCGCCAGAGCACCACAGGCCGGACAUCAAGCCGACGGGCUUAGAGGGACCAGCAGCCGCCGAAGAGCGAUUGCGCAAUUCUGUAUCGCCGGCUGAUCGUGAGAAGUAUCGCACACGGUCGCCAUUGGACAUAGAGAACGACUCCAAGCGCCGAAAAGAUGAGAAGCUUCAAGACGAUGAAGGCGAGAAAAGCGAUCAAGAUUUAGUCGUAGAUGUUGCAAAUGAAAUGGAAUCCCACUCGCCUCGCCCCAAUGGCGAACAUGUUUCUAUGGAGGUCCGCGAUCGGGAGAGCUUAAAUGGGGAGCGUUUGGAAAAGCCAAGCAGUAGUGGUAUUAAGCAGGAGCGUCCGCCAUCACGUUCAGGCUCCAGUUCGUCACGUUCCACACCCAGCCUCAAGACAAAAGAUAUGGACAAGCCGGGUACACCGGGCGCCAAGGCACGCACACCAACUCCAAACGCUGCGGCUCCAGCGCCUGGCGUGAAUCCUAAACAAAUGAUGCCACAGGGACCACCCCCAGCCGGCUAUCCAGGUGCACCGUAUCAACGGCCAGCCGAUCCCUACCAGCGUCCACCGUCGGAUCCAGCCUACGGGCGACCGCCACCAAUGCCGCCAUAUGAUCCACACUCACACGUGCGAACUAAUGGCAUUCCACAUCCCUCAGCCCUAACGGGUGGAAAGCCUGCAUACUCUUUCCAUAUGAACGGCGAAGGCAGCCUGCAGCCAGUUCCGUUUCCACCGGACGCGCUAGUGGGCGUGGGGAUACCCCGACACGCCCGUCAGAUCAACACUCUGUCACACGGAGAGGUCGUCUGUGCGGUGACCAUCUCCAAUCCCACUAAGUACGUGUAUACGGGCGGCAAGGGCUGCGUAAAGGUGUGGGACAUUUCGCAACCGGGCAACAAGAGCCCCGUCAGUCAACUGGAUUGCCUACAGCGCGACAACUAUAUCCGUUCGGUUAAAUUGCUACCCGACGGCCGAACGCUGAUCGUGGGCGGCGAGGCCUCCAACUUGUCCAUAUGGGACUUGGCCAGUCCGACGCCGCGCAUCAAAGCCGAACUUACCUCGGCGGCGCCGGCAUGCUACGCCCUAGCCAUCAGCCCCGACUCGAAGGUCUGCUUCUCGUGCUGCAGCGACGGCAACAUCGCUGUUUGGGACCUGCACAACGAGAUCCUGGUGCGCCAGUUCCAGGGCCACACCGAUGGCGCCUCGUGUAUCGACAUCAGUCCGGACGGCAGCCGGCUUUGGACAGGUGGUCUGGACAACACGGUGCGGUCUUGGGAUCUGCGCGAAGGUCGCCAGCUGCAGCAGCACGAUUUCAGCUCUCAAAUAUUCUCGCUCGGCUACUGCCCAACUGGCGACUGGCUGGCUGUGGGUAUGGAAAACUCGCAUGUUGAAGUACUUCACGCAUCGAAACCGGACAAGUAUCAACUGCAUCUGCACGAGAGCUGCGUUCUAUCGCUGCGCUUUGCCGCCUGCGGAAAAUGGUUCGUUUCCACAGGCAAAGACAACCUGCUAAACGCAUGGCGAACACCCUACGGUGCUAGCAUAUUCCAGUCGAAGGAAACAUCAUCCGUACUUAGCUGCGACAUAUCAACUGACGAUAAAUAUAUUGUGACGGGUUCGGGCGAUAAGAAGGCUACUGUCUACGAAGUUAUUUAUUAAAUUCACAAAUUCAAGCAGUUUUUUCAUUUUGUAAUAAGCUCGUACAGUUUUUAUUACUAAAAAAAAAAAAAAGAAACAAAA